ACUCGUCUUCCCUUCAGCUGCAUGUCGCUCAGUCAGUCCGUCAGUCAUUUAUUGGCCCCGGUUCGCUGCGCCUGCGUCCGCCUCCACAGCCUCUCCAAAGCCUGAGACGCGCCACCGCCGCCGUCAAUGCGGGCAUGACAUACUGGCAGCAGUAGUGGGUUUCCGUCAGCCUGCUUUUAAGCAGAUUACAACAGGAAGGGAAGAGAAAUAAGAGUAGAAGAGAGUGAAGUGACUCAUUUUCCAGCCCUGCCGUGCGUUGAGAAGAGUAGAUGAGUCAAUGGCAGGGGCACAGCCUGGAGUUCAUGCGCUGCAGCUCAAGCCAGUGUCCGUCCCCGAGAGCCUGAGAAAGGGCAACAAAUUUAUGAAAUGGGAUGAUGACUCAACCACUGUGACCCCGGUGACUCUUACAGUCGACCCCAAAGGGUACUUCCUGUAUUGGACUGACCAGAACAAGGAUACAGACCUACUGGAUAUAGCAUAUAUAAAAGAUGCCCGAAAUGGAAAGUGCACUAAAACACCAAAGGAAGCGAAGCUGCGUGAGCUCCUGGAUGUUAGCACCCUGGCGGGGAAGAUGGAGAACAGGAUGCUGACGGUUGUGAGCGGCACUGAUAUGGUCAACAUCACCUACCUGAACUUCAUGGCUUUCACAGAGGAGACUGCAAAGGAAUGGGCAGAGGAGCUAUUCAACCUUGCUUCCAAUCUCUUGGUGCAGAACAUGUCAAGAGAAGCCUGCCUCGAGAAAGCAUACAUUCGCCUGAAGCUGCAGCUCAACCCUGAAGGGCGAAUCCCCGUCAAGAAUAUCUUCAGGCUGUACUCGUCAGACAGGAAGCGAGUGGAGACGGCCCUGGAAAACUGUAACCUCCCUUCUGGCAGAAAUGACUCCAUCCCCCAGGAAGAUUUCACUCCAGAGGUGUACAACGUGUUCCUGAGCAACAUCUGCCCACGGUCUGAGCUGGACCACAUCUUUUCUGACGUGGGGGCGAAGAGUCGUCCAUUCCUCACCGUCGAGCAGAUGACGGAGUUUAUUAACAAUAAACAGCGAGACCCUCGUCUGAACGAGAUACUCUACCCUCCGCUCAAACCAGAGCAGGUCCAGCUGCUGGUGGACAAAUAUGAACCCAAUGAGUCGCUGGCAGAGAAAGGUCAGAUCUCAGUGGAAGGCUUUGCUAAGUAUCUCAACGGGGAAGAGAACAGCAUCAUCCCACCUGAGAAGCUGGACCAGAGCGAAGACAUGACCUUCCCCCUCUCCCACUAUUUCAUCAACUCCUCACACAACACAUACCUCACAGCCGGCCAACUGGCGGGAAACUCGUCAGUGGAGAUGUACAAGCAGGUUCUCCUGUCAGGGUGCCGCUGCAUUGAACUGGACUGCUGGAAGGGUCGCACCACAGAAGAAGAACCUGUCAUCACUCACGGCUUCACCAUGACAACUGAAAUCUCUUUCAAGGAGGUGAUCGAGGCUAUUGCAGAGUGUGCCUUCAAGACCUCACCCUUCCCUGUUAUCCUGUCUUUUGAGAACCACGUGGACUCACCAAAACAGCAGGCUAAGAUGGCAGAGUACUGCAGGUCAAUAUUUGGAGACGCAUUACUGACAGAACCUCUGGAGAAAUAUCCUCUGGAGUCUAGUGUCCCUCUGCCCAGCCCGAUGGAGCUGAUGGGGAAGAUUUUGGUGAAAAACAAGAAGAAACACCACAAGACAGACGGAAGCACCAAGAAGAAACUGUCAGAGCAGGUUUCCAACACUUACAGCGAUUCCUCCAGCGUGUGUGAACCCUCCUCUCCUAGUGCAGGUUCAACCAAAGAGGAGAUGGCAGACUCCUCGCAGCCAGCUGAAGGUGCAGAGCUCAGCCUGAGGCCGCAGGGCAGAAAGUCUAUCGGGGAGGUGGAGGCAGAAAGUGAGGAUGAAGAUGAUGACGAUGACGACUGUAAAAAGGGCUCCAUGGAUGAGGGUACUGCAGGCAGUGAGGCAUUUGCCACUGAGGAAAUGUCUAACUUGGUCAUCUACAUCCAACCAGUCAAGUUUAACAGCUUUGAGGGGUCCAAAAAAAUCAACCGCGGCUACCAGAUGUCAUCCUUUGUGGAGACCAAAGCUUUGGAGCAGCUGACCAAAUCUCCAGUAGAGUUUGUGGAAUACAACAAGCUGCAGCUGAGCAGGAUCUACCCUAAAGGCACCCGAGUGGAUUCAUCCAACUACAACCCUCAGCUCUUCUGGAACGCUGGCUGUCAGCUGGUGGCGCUCAACUUCCAAACCAUCGAUUUGUCCAUGCAGUUGAACCUGGGCAUGUAUGAAUACAACGGAAAAUGUGGCUACAGACUCAAACCAGAGUUUAUGAGACGGCCAGAUAAACACUUUGACCCUUUCACUGAGAGCACAGUGGAUGGAAUUGUAGCCAACACACUGUCUGUUAAGAUCAUCUCAGGCCAGUUCCUGUCAGAUAAGAAAGUGGGCACGUAUGUUGAGAUGGAUAUGUUCGGCUUACCUGUGGACACAAAGAGGAAAGCGUUCAAGACAAAGACAUCUCAAGGAAAUGCUAUCAACCCUGUCUGGGAAGAGGAGGCCAUUGUCUUCAAGAAGGUCGUUUUGCCCACACUUGCAUCACUAAGGAUAGCUGUGUUUGAAGAAGGAGGGAAGUUCAUCGGCCAUCGAAUCAUUCCUGUGUCAGCCAUCCGUCCAGGCUAUCACUACAUCAGUAUAAGGAACGAGAAGAACCAGUCCCUGACGUUGCCCACUCUGUUUGUGUAUGUAGAAGUGAAGGACUAUGUGCCAGACACAUUUGCAGAUGUCAUCGAAGCCUUGUCCAAUCCCAUCCGCUAUGUCAACCUGAUGGAGCAGAGAGCCAAUCAGCUGGCAGCUCUUACUUUAGAGGAGGGAGGAGAGGAAGAGGGUGACAAAGAGGUGGAGGCUGGGAGUGAUGCUCCUUCAGAAUCUAAGGUGGACCAAAGGGUAGCAUUGCCUGCAGAGAACGGACUGAGCCACACGCCCAUCAUCGCUCCAAAACCCCCGUCAGUGGGAGGCCACCAGCCACAGUCUGCAGGCUCAUUGAAACCAACAGUGAAGACUGAAGACAUUAUCCAGAGCGUUCUCACUGAAUUGGAGGCUCAAACGGUGGAGGAGCUGAAGCAACAGAAGGGCUUUGUAAGAGAGCAAAGAAAACAGUACAAGGAGAUGAAGGAGCUGGUUCGGAAACACCACCGCAAGACCAGCGAGCUGAUCAAGGAGCAUACGGCUCGUGUGUCCGAGCUUCAGAGCCAGCAUCAGCGACGGCGCUCUGCCCUGCAGAAGAGCCACAAACGAGAUGGUAAGAAAAGUCGGUCCGAGCACUCUCUGUCAACCCUGGACCAGGAGCUCUGUGAUCUGGAGCAGGAGUGCAGUCAGAGGCUCGCUGAGCUGAAGGAGCAACAACAACAGCAGCUCCUCACACUUCGCCAGGAGCAGUACUACAGCGAAAAGUACCAGAAACGAGAACACAUCAAGCAGCUGGUUGAGAAGCUGACCACCAUUGCAGAGGAGUGCCAGAGUGCUCAGAUGAAGAAGCUCAGAGACAUCUGUGAGAAGGAAAAGAAGGAUCUUAAGAAGAAAAUGGAGAAGAAAAGGCAAGAGAAGAUCAAUGAAGCUAAAUCAAAAGACAAGAAUGUGACAGAAGAAGAGAAGCUUGAGAUCAACAGAUCGUUUGUCAAUGAGGUGGUGCAGUACAUCAAACGGCUGGAAGACGCACAGAGUAAAAGGCAGGAGAGACUACAAGAGAAGCACAAGGAUACCCGCCAGCAAAUCUUAGAUGAAAGGCCGAAGCUACAGACCGAUCUGGACCAGGAGUACCAGGACAAAUUUAGACGACUGCCUGUAGAGAUCCAAGAGUUUGUUCAGGACAGCAGCAAGGCCAAACUUAAUGACGAUAGUGUCCAAGGAAACCUUGUUUCCUCCUCAACAGCAGAGAAGCUCAACCAUAAGGCAUCACAGUCAGAGGAUGACAUGGAGGAGGGCUCCUCUGAACGAGUCUACGACACACCCCUGUAGAGAUUGAACUCUGCGCUUUGCUUCACACUGGAACUCUGAUUGGUGGACGUGAUUGUGAACACAGAUCUUGGAUGAGACUGCUCCAGCUUUGGUCCUGUUUUUAACCAAUGGGAGGAUUAUAUCAAAUCUGAGCCCAGACUGGUGAGUAGAGGUCCCCUCUGCGUGGAGUGCAGUCCUGUCUGGAAACCGUUUGAUGUACAUAGUGACUUUUUGUGUAUUUGUAUGUCACUUUUAUGUUGUCGUCUCUUUCGGUACGGCCACAGGAUGUGUCAUGAAGCACUAACUGUUUUGCAGGAAAUACCUUACUUGAACUAUUGCACAGAAGGAGUAGUUUCUUUUUAUUAUUGUGUAUCAUGAUAUUGAUGGUGGUGGCGAGUAAGGUGUGGUGCCAAGACUAAUGAAUUUACUGACAGUGAACACUGACGUUUAAGUGGAGUCAAGUCGUACUGUAAAAGAACCACUGCAUAUUCAGCCUUUGAAGCUUCCAUCUUUAUAAGAUUUAGACUCAUCCUAACAUAUUUGCACUGUGUAACUCUUUUACUUUAACCCAGAGGCACUGGUGGCUUGCUGGUUCUUUAUUUUGUUCUCACAGAACUAAGCCUACAUGUUGCUGCUAUUUUGUUUAAAAACCAUGAUUUUUAACCAUUAUUUGGUUUUGUAUGACACUUGCAGUGCUCUGUAAUCCUUUUUGGGCUAGUUUUAACAAGUUUGAAUUGUUUGUGGGCAUUUCUGCCCAGGAAGAAAGUGAAGGGAAAGUGUGUUGUACAGUAUCUGCAUGUAUUUGAACAACUGUAAAUGUUACAGUAGCUCUGUAGCAGAGAUGUUUAUUAAAUGUAAAUCUAUUUUUGCUCAGAAACAUUUCAACUUAACCUGCAAAACGGUGUGGACCCCAUACAUCACUGUGGUGUAAGAUAAAUAGGAUUCAAUUUAGACUCGACACAUCCUAUUUUUAGAUCCAACAGCAGGUAGCCCAAGCUAGCAGGUUGAACACUGUAUUCUUCACCUUUGUUCCCUCUGACUUAAAAAGAUAAAAACCAGGAUGUAAACAGAAAAAGAGGAUCCUGCUGUAGUUUUAUAGAAGUGGCCUCCCUCUGGUUCACACUGGUUCAUUGUGUUCACACGGAGUAGAGUGUGUGCACUCUCUCAGUACACAGAGCAGAUGUCUGGGACUGAAGGAAAAUAUGUUGGCCAACUGGCAUCAUUCUUAUCCAAAAUGUUAAGCUGUUGGAAACAGAAAAAUUGUUCAUUUAUGUUUAAAUAGACCCCAAAGACUCAGUUUAUAUCCGACAAACACCAGGCUAACACGAUCUCAAAAAUAACAGGACUAUUUUCACUUUAACUGAGAAACUCUGCCUAUCCAGUUACCACAAGGAAGUGUUUCUGACUUCCUAACUGUGCCAUUCCACUCACGGGUUGUUUGAUAUUAAGUCAUAUUUCAGCUGUACAAAUAAAAAAGUGUAGGAUUACCUAACAUGUAAGUACAAACUACUUUUUAAAACGAUGAUAUUGAUGUGAGAGUCCUGUGCCUUUGAAUAGGUUUGCCUUGUUUGAUGUUGAAUGUGUGAAAUGCAUCAUUGUUUAUAUUGCCAUUCUAAUCUAUUCUAUGAAGCUGUCUGAUAUUGACUAGACCGUGUGCACUUUUUACGUACAGUACCACUACUGAGUAAUGCUUGUGACGAGCAGUAUUUGACAUGUGUCUCAUGAGCAAUGCGAGACAUCCUUCUUUUAUGUCUUGAACCACUUUAUUUAACACCCCCCUCUCCUCCCUUUAUCAACAAUUUACGUGUAUGCACUCUGGAAAUGUAAAUGUAUGUAAAACAUAAAGGAUAAAAACAUGACGUUGAUAUAGAAAAAAUAUAGUGUAAAGGGACUUUGCCUGUAAUUAAAUAAAUGUGGCUAUUAUUGUA